AUGGAUACACAGGGCUGCACAGUCGAGCUCGGCUCAACUAACAACAACAACUACCUCGGGUCGGCUGCCAUUUUCGGCAUCCACAAGUCCACGAUUCUCUUCACCACUACAACCAGCCGCAUCACACCACCCACCAUUUCCAUACUCCCACACCCCGGGACAACAAACACUCCACGGCGCACCACCACCUCCUCCUCCUCCGGCACCAUCCGCCUCCCAGCCUUCUCCACCGGCAGCCUCGACACCAGCAACAACGACAACAACAACAACAACAACAACAACAACAACAACCGCUCCCUUGUCCUCCUCCUUCUCCUCCUCCUCAUCCUCGACCUCCUCUCCACCAACAUGCACGCACACGCCUACGCCCCCGCCCUCCCGGUCUCCCCACCCGUCGUCGUCGUCGUUGUCGCAAGCAGCCUCACCGCCGCCCUCGCCCACCGCGACCGCCGCGCGCAGCACCAGCAAGCCCUCGAAGCGCGCGUGGUCGAACUGCAGGCCCUCGAGCGGGCGCUGCGCGAGGAGAACGGCGGGUUGCGCUGGGAGCUGCUGCAGGUGAACAACAUACUGGCGGUGGAGAGGGCGGCACGGAAGCAGCGGGAUUGCGAGGAUCAGAGGAGGAGGGAGGAGGAGGUGGUGGUGGUGGGGAGGGUUGGUGGUGGAGGAGGGGUAGGGGCAGGAGCAGGAGGAAGAGGACCAGGAGGAGGAGGGGGGGAAGAGAGCGGGUGGGGGUGGAAGGGCGUUGUGGAGGUGUGGGAUAGGGUGUUGAGGCAUCCGGUGGUGGAGAGUGGUGGGGUGAGUGUGGCGGAUGUGGUGGAGGAGUUGAGGGGCGGAAAGGGAGCUGAGGGGCGGAGGCUGUUGGUUGAUGAGAAGAGGAUUGAUGAGGUUGUGGAGAAGUGUCGCCGUCGUGGUGACUUGUAUUGA